AAAAAAGGGCAAAAAUUGCAGGAGGGAUCUGCGGUCCGUGCUUGAAAUCAUCCCUUUUAUUCCUGGCAGCAGCAAGUCGGUGACAACCUUCUGCAAAUCCACCUUUUCCCAACCUGCCUCCUCCGUCCUCUGCAGCUGUAAGAGCUCUGCUGCUAGAAAAAAAUAAAUAAAUCAACCCACGCAUCGGGAUCCUAAUACUGCUCACGGACGAGGACGAGGAAAGGGGGCUCUGGUGGCACCAGCCAUGGAGCCGUACGUGCUGCUGGACCCGCGACAGAGAGCGCUGUAUCGCGACGUGAUGCAGGAGAGCUACGAGACGCUGAUGGCGCUGGAAUUCCCUGUUUCCAAGCCCGAUCUGCUGUCCCGCCUGGACCAUGGGGAUGAACCUACAGCCCUGGAUCUCCACGUGCCCAGGGACACCCUGGCUGCAGAGGAUGGAGCAGCAGCGGAGCAGGAACGCCCUGGAGAAGAACCUGCUGAGAAGGAACCUGAUGUGGUGAAACCUGUGGGCGAGGAGCAUCCUUCCAGCCCCACGGAGGCCGGGGCGAAGGUGGGCAGGAGUGGGGGACCGGGGGACUUGGCCACACGCCCAGGCGAGAGCCAACCCAGCAAUGUGUGCGGCGAGUGCGGGAAGAGCUUCAGCCACAAGUCGGCCCUGGUGAAACACCAGAAAAUCCACACUGGUGACCGCCCCCACGAAUGCCCUGAUUGCGGCAAGUGCUUCAUCCAACGCUCGGAUCUCACCAUCCACCAGCGGGUCCAUACAGGCGAGCGUCCCUACGCCUGUCCCGACUGCGGGCGCCGCUUCAGCGUCAGCUCCUCUUUGCUCACCCACCAGCGGACCCACGCUCCCGGUGGGGAGAAACCCAACCGCUGCCCCCAGUGUGGCCGCAGCUUUGCUGAUCCAGGAGCCCUCGAGCGGCACCAGAAGAGCCACCUGGGUGGGAAACCCUACGAGUGUGGAGUGUGCGGGAAAGCCUUUGCCUGGAGCUCCCACCUCGAGCGGCAUCGGCGCAUCCACACCGGCGAGAAGCCUUUCCAGUGCGCCGAAUGUGGGCGAGCCUUCGCCUGGAGCUCCCACCUCGACCGCCACAUGCGCACCCAUGCUGCCGCCCCUGUUUCCGAGGAUGAGGAGGAUGGGGAAGCAGAGGAAGAGCCCCCGCCACCCCCUCAGAAAUGCGCUGACUGUGGCAAGCGCCUCAACCACCAGACGGACCCCCAGCGCUUCAAGCACAAGGGUACCCAGACGCCGCCGGCUGGUGCUGAGCCUACCGGCAGCCCCCCGCGGCCCUAUCACUGCGAGCAGUGCGGCAAAUGCUUCAGCCAGAGCUCCAACCUCCUCAAACACCAACGCGUCCACACCGGCGAGCGGCCAUACCCCUGCCCGGAUUGCAAACGCUGCUUCCGCUGGGGCUCAGCCCUGGCCAAGCACCAGCGCACCCAUGCCCGGCAGCAGCAAGUCGGUGAUGCUGCCAAAGCCGUGACAGCAGCCACCGAGGAAGCUGGUGCCGGAGGAGGCGGCAAACCCUACCCAUGUGGGACAUGCGGGAAGAGUUUUGGUUGGGUCUCGCACCUGGAGCGCCAUCGCCGCAUCCACACCGGGGAGAAGCCGUUCCGCUGCGGGGAAUGCGGGCGAGCCUUUGCUGUCAGCUCCCACCUGGAACGGCAUCGCCGGGUGCACACCGGCGAGCGGCCCUACCGCUGCGGUGAGUGUGGGAAGAGCUUUGCCGUCAGUUCCACCUUGCUGGCUCAUCGCCGCACCCAUGCCGCCCAGCCAGGCCGGCCCCACGUCUGCCCCGAGUGUGGCAAGGGUUUUAGCACGCCGGCCAGCUUGGAGCGGCACCGGCGGCUUCACCGGGGCGAGAAACCCUACCAGUGUGGCGUCUGCGGCAAAGGUUUUGCCUGGAGCUCCCACUACGACCGGCACCGGCUCACCCACACCGGUGAGAAACCCUUCUCCUGUGCCCACUGCGGCAAAUGCUUCGGCCGCAGCUCCCACCGCAACCGGCACCAGCGUAGCCAUGGUGGGGACAAGCCCUACAAAUGCCCCCACUGCGGGAAGGGUUUUGGGCACAGCUCGGCCCUGGUGACGCACCGUCGUGUCCACAUGGGCGAGAAGCCCUACCAGUGCGCCGACUGCGGGAAGAGCUUCAACGUGGUGUCCAACCUGGUGCGCCACCGCCGGAGCCACACCGGGGAGAAGCCCUACAAGUGUCCCGACUGCGGUCGGCGUUGCAGUCAAUGUUCCCACCUGGUGACCCACCGCCGGUUGCACACUGGUGAGCGCCCGUACCCGUGCCGGGAGUGGGGGAAGAGCUUCAACGUCAGCUCCGAUCUCAUCAAGCAUCGCCGCAGCCACACUGGGGAGAAGCCCUACGAGUGUCCCGACUGCGGGAAGCGUUUCAGUGGCAGCUCCAACCACAUCACCCACCAGCGGCUGCACAGCGGUGAGCAGCCCUACGUCUGCGCCAACUGUGGCAAGGGCUUCACCAUCAGCUCCAAGCUCAUCGCCCACCAAGGGACACACAGCGGCGAGCAACCCUACAGCUGCACCGACUGCGGUAAGGGCUUCAGUGACCGACCCCACCUCAUCCGGCAUCGCGGCGCUGGCCGGUGGGAGAAAUGCUACAAGUGCUCCGAGUGCGGCAAAGGCUUCACCACCAGCUCCUACCUCCUCACCCACCAGCGCAGCCACACCGGGGAGACCCCUUUCCUCUGCAGGGUGUGCAGCAAGAGCUUCGUGGUGGUCUCCAACCUGGCGCGGCACCAGCGCGUGCACACCGGGGAGAAGCCGUUUCAGUGUGGGGAGUGUGGGCGGCAGUACAGCCAAUGGGCUCAUCUCACCACCCACCAGCGGGUCCACACCGGCGAGAGACCCUGCGUCUGCGGGGAUUGCGGGAAGGGCUUCAACAUCAACUCAUCGCUCACCAAGCACCGGCGGGUGCACACUGGGGAGAAGCCCUACCGCUGCCCCGAGUGUGGGAGGAGCUUCAGCCAGAGCUCCAACGUCAUCACGCACCGGCGGCUCCAUCACAGCCACCAGCUCCAUGCGUCCCACACAGUGCUGGUGAAGCCCAGUGAUGCCAGCCCAGUCAGGAGGUCUUCUCCAGAGACUGGAAGUCAACCAGGACUUGUGGGAGAGGGAAGAAAAGAUCUGUCUAUCAGGAAAUAUGAAGGGAACGAUAGGGACCAAGCGUGGCCACCAUCAGCAGAAAACACCAACUCUGGGUGAGGUUCCUCCCGCUCUGCUGGAAGCGAGAGAAAACACCCUCCGUUCCUCCCAGCCAAAUUAGUCCAGGGCAUCUCCUGCUCUCGCCCUGCCCAAACACAACAACAAAAAGGAGACCUUUCUUUUUCAUCGCCACUCCAAAACUCUCCGCACACCAAGAUGUUUGAUACAAUGGGCCCGACGGCUGUUUCAUCUCCCAUCUGGUGUUCUCCUCUCCUCCAGUGACCUGCUAGUCCCCAGAUGGGCUCCAGAAGCCAGCAAGGAGAAAGCCCUGGGGCCAGAAGCCACUGGGGUUGGUCUCCUCCGACCACUCCACAUCAUUUUGGAUCACAUGAAAGGGAAUCCCAAGCUGGGAGGGUAAAAAUCCCAAGGGCAGUUCCUGAUCCUUCUGCAGAUGGGCCCAAAGUGUUGACCUCGUUGGCCAAACUCAUCUACUCAGGGGUCCCAGAACUGCGCAGACACCUGGAGCUAUUUGAGCUUCAGGUAUGUCUCAGAGGCUGUGGCCCUGUUUCCACCCAUGGCAAACCUCCCCUGUGGAUCUCCAACCUCCCCAGACGCUUGGUGUGGUCCGAGGUAAGGAUUGCAUCUCCUGCUGGGGAGCAGUCUUUCCCUGCAGGAUGCAUGGAGAGGGUCUUCAAAGAGGUUAAGACGGACUUUGGUGGUCUCCCACCAGCAUUGCAGGGGCCUGAUUCAUGUGGUCUUACAUGGGCAGGAUGCUGAAGAUGCUCCCAUCCAGGACCUGGCCUCCAAAUUACCUCCUGCAUGGGCAUGUGGGUACUGGUGGGACACCAGGUUUGGUGGUCACCUUUACAGGAAUGAUAUUGAAUCAGAUGGGGGAGAAAGACUCCAAGUUUAUUCUUUUUUUGUCCUCUUCUCUUCUUCUCCCGGGAAUGUGAUGAGGGAGACAAGGAAAGAUAUCCAUGGCGAGAGGACAGGCCCUU